CGGUUACGCAUCAGUUGUUGUUGUUCAGAAGAAUGAGGGCUGAAGAAUAGGCAGCGAAGAAAGAAAGCCAAUGUAACGAAGUUUCAGAAUGAGCUCCUCCACGAUCAUCAAGGAUAUGAAGCGCGAUCUUACGAAGAAAAGCAGAGAACUCAUAAGGUUUCAGAAAGACAUUACGAAGCAUUACGAAAUCAAAGAGAAGUAUCUUAAGCAGCUGCGUGGAAUCGACUCUGGUCUCCAGGAGUUGGAUUUGCUGAAAGAGCAUGAAGAUGUUUACAAAUUAGUUGGUCCUCUUUUUGUGAAGCAGGAUCCAGCAGAGCCAAACGCAAAUAUUGUGAUGAAAAUUGGAUUCAUCUCUGCUGAAUUGAAGCGCCUUGAAGAAAUUAUCGAAGAUUUGGAACAGAAGCAAAAUGGCAAAAUGGAUUUAAUUUCAAAGGUAGAACAUAGGCUUGAAUCUCUCCAGGAUUGGCAGGAAGAGGCAGGUUUUGAUUUUGAUCAAUGCAGACAUUUUGGAAACUUAUAAUUGCACACUAUUUUAGGAGCUUUCAUAGAUUCUGCCCGAUAAAUGAUUUGCAAUGCUUUAACUUGGUAAGUUAUAAAGAUUAUGGUUCACAAAUCUUUUAUCACAAAUUUUUGGUAAGUUGUAAAGUUCCAUUUGGUCAUUGAAUUUAAAAUUUUAC